UUGACGCUUCCCACUCAGGUACGCAUCCUUGAAGACUUUCGGGCAGCGCAUCGAGCGAGGCCAACAUCCGUCUUCUCUUUUCUUUUCUUCUUCCGAUCACUCCAGCGAUGGCCGCCAAGUUUGCUUUACUGCUGCUGCUGCAGCUGGCUCUCACGUCGGCGGACGACAUGUCGAUGGAGUACCACCGCUACGACGAGCUGCGGAAGGCGCUGGUGUCCGUGUGGCUGCAGUGUCCCACCAUCGCGCGCAUCUACACCGUCGGCGAGAGCGUCGAGGGCCGCGAGCUCCUCGUGCUGGAGAUGUCCGACAACCCCGGCAAGCACGAAGCGGGCGAACCCGAGUUCAAGUACGUGGCCAACAUGCACGGCAACGAAGCGGUGGGCCGGGAACUCCUGGUCUACUUGGCGCAGUACCUGUGCGACCAGUACCAACGGGGGAACCAGACCGUGGUGGACCUCAUCCACAACACACGAGUACACCUCAUGCCCUCCAUGAACCCCGACGGCUUCGAGAAAGCCGCCUCGCAGUCCGGCGAGAUCAAGGACUGGUUCGUGGGCCGCACCAACGCGCAGGGGGUGGACCUGAACCGCAACUUCCCCGACCUGGACAGGAUCGCCUACAUCAACGAGCGAGAAGGCGGAGCCAACAAUCAUCUGCUGCAAAACAUCAAGAAGUCGGUGGAUGAAAACACCAAGCUGGCACCGGAGACCAAAGCGGUGAUCCGCUGGAUCAUGGACGUCCCCUUUGUCCUGUCGGCCAACCUUCACGGGGGCGACGUGGUGGCCAAUUACCCGUACGACGAAACCCGCACAGGCUCGGCCCACGAGUACAGCGCCAGCCCAGACGACGCUCUCUUCAAGUCGCUCGCCAAGGCCUACUCCUCCUUCAACCCCGUCAUGUCGGACCCGGGGCGGGCUCCUUGCCGCCAGAGCGACGACGACGCCAGCUUCAAGGACGGCGUCACCAACGGGGGGGCCUGGUACAGCGUACCGGGGGGAAUGCAAGACUUCAACUACCUGAGCAGCAACUGCUUCGAGAUCACGCUGGAGCUGAGCUGCGACAAAUUCCCCGCCGAGGACACGCUCAAGAGCUACUGGGAGCAGAACCAAGACUCCCUGGUUAACUACAUACAGCAGGUUCAUCGCGGUGUCAAGGGCUUCGUGCGAGACCUGCAGGGCAACGCCAUCAGCAACGCCACCAUCUCGGUGGAAGGCAUCGACCACGACGUCACCACAGCCAAAGACGGCGACUACUGGCGCCUGCUGAUUCCUGGCAACUACAAAGUGGCGGCAUCGGCUCCGGGAUACUUGAGCGUCAUCAAGAAAGUGGCCGUCGCCUACAGCCCCGCCACCAGGGUGGACUUUGAGCUGGAGUCUCUGAUGGAACGAAAGGAGGAGGAGCGCGAGGAGCUGAUGGAUUGGUGGAAGAUGAUGUCGGAGACGCUCAACUUCUAAAACUCCUUUUCUUCCUUUUUUCGUCGUCGUCAUCGUUGUUCAUCGUGAGUGGUAACCACAGCAACCCGCCAUGUGAUAGGAAAGCGGGACCACCCACCCCCAAAAAGGAUUGCAGCACAGCUUGACUUUCAGCACACGUAUAAAUAUAUUCAUUGUAUAUAUAUAUAAAUAUAUAUUGGAGCGUAUUUAUCCAGCUAAGUAUAACCAGAAAUGUUUGUGUGUUUUGGGCCUGAAUUGACAUUUAACGUAGACAUCAAAAAGCACCCAUACUACAAAAUAAUCAUCAAAUAUAGAUGUAUUAUAUUCCAAUGAAAAAUACAACUAACCAGUGCUGCAACGAUUAAUCUAACUGUAGCAAUUGAAACACAAAAAAGCUUCAAAUUAAAUUUUGCUGCUUCGAGUAUUCGUUUAAUUAAAGUGGCAUUGUAAUGGUUUGUUUUGACAGUGAAUAUGACAUAACUCAUUUAACAUGGCUGAAUCCAGCUGCUCCCUGUUAAGACCAACAUAAGUUUUUGCUAGAGCUAAUGUUUUUUUUUUUAUUGCAUUCGUAAUUUAAUUUAUAGGUUUAUUUAGCUGUUUUUGGUGGGAAUAUGCUUUUGAACGCUUUGUUAAGAGCAUUGUAAAAAAAAAAAAAAAAAAAAAAAAAAAGUUAGCAUUUUAUAGCAUUUAAGCUAGCGGACGUUUGCUAUGCAAUUUGGCAUAUUGUUUUUUUGUUGUAUUUAGGUCCUCAAUCAUUUAUUUUUUUUAAAAUACCAUUUUAGGCUAAAAUCAGGUAUUUAAAUUUUUUAUAUUCCUAAUCCGAUUACUCGAUUAUUCGAACUAUUUCAUAGAUUAAUCGACUACUAAAAUAAUCGAUAGCUGCAGCCCUACAAAUAACAGCAAAAUAAAAAAAAUAAGGAAAACGGAUUAGAACAUUUUUUUGAAAAGGAGGAAUUUAUACUGUCAUUAAAUGCCUCCAUUUUUAAUAUUUUUGAAUUUGAGGAAUUUCUCAUUUUUAGCUGUAUUUUUCAAUCGGCAUUUUCUAUUUUUUAUGAAUACUAUUUUGAUGUAUCCCUCCUAUGCUUGAUGUUAACUCAUCAUCUGCCAUGAUGGUGCAAGAUGUCCAAUCCGUUUGAAGUGGGAGGUUUGGCACUGAUUCUAAUACUAAAACUCGGUUAAAAUAAUGAACUGCAAGAUUCAUACUUCUUGGUUAAAAUUUGUUUCCAUUUUGCCCAAAACAUUGCAUUUGUAGUCCAACGUGAUUACAUCUGGUCAAAAAUGGCCAAAUUCUGAUCUAAAAUUUUGGUCUUUUUUUUUUUAAAAUAACAUUUUUUGUGUGCCAAUGCUUUAUUUUUGGUACAAAGAGAUUAUUUUGGGGUGCCCAAAAUGGUUGAUAAAAGGUCAAAAAUGCCCAAAUUCUGAGCUAAUAUUCAGGUAAAAUUUGGUUUAUGUUUGGUAUUAUUGAUUUUUUUUUUUUUUGUGCCAAUGGUUCCUUUAUCAUUAUUUUGGGAUUCCAAAUGGUUGAUAAAUAGGCAAAAAAAUGGCCAAAUUCUGUGCUAAAAUUGUCAAAAUUGGUUUAUGUUUGGUAUUAUUAUUUAUUUAUUUAUGUAUUGUGUGUGUGUGUGGGUGCCAAUGAUUCAAUUUUAAUUUCUUAGUCCAAAAUGAUUCGUUUUGACGGAAGUACGAUUGCACGUCUAGCACGGUCAUUGGCACCGAAAGUGUUACAUGUCAAUUCAGGCAGGAUGUUUGAAAGCUCCUUUCAUUUCAUCUGAAUGUGAAUUUGAAAUGUCCCGUCAUAUUUUACGCGGAAUGUGGAAAAAUGGAUGUACCUAUCGAAACAAUUCAGUAAUAAAACUCCCUCUUCAUGUUGUCAA